CGGCCAUCUGGGGCCCCUGCCAGUCGCGUCCGUUCUGGGGCCCGCGCCGAGCUCGCGCGGGAGGAGGCAGCCCCGGCGGGGACCCUGGGCCUCCCACCGGGCGGUCUCCGGCCGGCACGGGUGCGGGGAGCCAGGCGCUGAGAUGCCCCGAGGGGGCAGUGGCUGCGAGCCGAGCCCGGGUGGAAGCGCGUCGCAGCGGACGCGGGCGCCCCUCGCCACUUCAGUGACCUCUCAGGAGCCGGGACCGGAGCCCCGGAGGCGGCGGUACGGGCCCGCGAGGGCGGCGAGGUCUGUGCUCCCAACGUCCCGGGCGGGCGCCGGCUGCGGAGCCUCGGGCCAGCUCGUCGCCUCCCGCCUCUCCCCUCCAGCCCCCCGCGAGCUGGCAGGAGGAAAUAGCGCGCGGCCCCUUUAAAUUUACCCAGGAGCCCUUAAAGGAGCCCCAGGGGCCCCAGACAGGAGUCCCCACCCCGGUCCAGCCCGCGCCGCCGAGCGAGCAGCCAGCCGUCCGUGCGGCCAGCCGCCCCGUGCAUGCGCCCCGCUCCGCAGCGCAGCGCAUGGAGCCCGGCGGGGACCACCGGAGCCGGAGCGGCGGCGGCAGGGGCGGCCCCGGGCCAACAGCGGCCUCCGCACGGGGCCGACGGCUGCCGCCCGCCGGAUCGAGCGGCGGCGGGGAACCCGAGGAGGACGACGGCGGGCAAGAUCUUCAGCUGGAUGGGGGUGCCUUGGGGUCCUGGGGGAGCGCCCCCCUGCCCUCCUCCAGGGCCAGGGGCCCGGCAUCUUCAGGCAGGAAAUACUCAGACCACUGUGAGGCCCGGGCCUCGAGGCCCGGAAAGAGCCGCAUCCCCGGCCGUGACCACCGGCGCUACUACCACGACCACUGGCGGCUGGAGUACCUGAUGGACUUCAACCCUGCCCGGCACGGCAUGGUGUGCAUGGUGUGCGGCAGCUCCCUGGCCACGCUCAAGCUCAGCACCAUCAAACGGCACAUCCGCCAGAAGCACCCCUACUCCCUGCAUUGGAGUCCCCGGGAGAAGGAAGUCAUCAGCAACAGCUGGGAUGCCCACUUGGGGCUGGGGGCCUGUGGAGAGUCCGAGGGCCUGGGGGCCCAGGGGGCCGAGGAGGAGGAGGAAGAGGAAGAGGAAGAGGAGGAGGAGGGGGCUAGCCUGCAAGCUUGCCCACCCAAGGGCCCAGGCAAAGCCCCAGCUGGUGAGGGCAGCCGAUGCCAGCGGCGAGGGGGCCCAGUGGCACCCCGGGCUCGGCGUCGGCGCCUCUCAGGCUCCCGGAGGGCCGGGGGCAGCAGGGGGCUGGGGGCCCGGCGGCUGGAGCGGAGGCUGAAGGAGUCCCUGCAGAACUGGUUCCGGGCAGAGUGUCUCAUGGACUAUGACCCUCGGGGGAACCGGCUGGUGUGCAUGGCCUGUGGCCGGGCACUGCCCAGCCUGCACCUGGACGACAUCCGAGCCCACGUGCUGGAGGUGCACCCCAGCUCCUUGGGGCUCAGCGGCCCGCAGCGCAGCGCCCUGCUGCAAGCCUGGGGUGGCCAGCCCAAGACACUGUCUGAGCUCCCUCGGUCCCCACCAGACGAUGACCUCGUCCCCCAGGACCUGACCAGAAAGAGCCGGGACCCCGCCCCCACUGCUGGAGCCCUCUCCUCUCAGGACCUCAGUCCCCCAGACGUAAAAAAGGAAGAGGCUGGCUGGGUCCCUGAGAGGCCCGGGCCCGCAGAGGAGGAGGAGGAGGAGGAGGAGGGCGAGAGGGUGGGGGUCCGGGGCCGGUCGCCGCGGGGCCGGGACCACCGUCGCCGCUACCAGGAGCGCUGGCGGCUGGAGUAUCUCAUGGAGUUGGACGGCGGCCGCCGCGGCCUGGUGUGCAUGGUGUGCGGGGGCGCGCUGGCCUCGCUCAAGAUGAGCACCAUCAAGCGGCACAUCCGCCAGCGCCACCCGGGCUCCACGCGCCUCAGCGGGCCGGUCAGGGCCCUCAUCGCCCAGGAGUGGAGCGAGAAGGCAGCUCACCUGCUGGCCCUGGGGCUGCCCCGCCCCGAGCCCCCCAGGGACCCUGCCGCCCCCCGCACAGCCGCAGCCUCCGAGGAGGGGGGUGGGGAAGAGGAGGAGGAGCCAGAGGAGGAGGAGUGGUGGGGCGAUGUCCCGCUUUCCCCAGGGGAGCCGUCGGACCGGCCCACCGAGGACGACGAGGAUGACGAGGACGGCCAAGAGCCCGGAGGACUCGCCUUCCCGCCGCUGCCCCCGCCGCCGCCCCCGCCGCCGCCGCCGCCCCCGCCCCGCAGCCGAGAGCAGCGGCGGAACUACCAGCCGCGCUGGCGGGGCGAGUACCUGAUGGACUACGACGGCAGCCGGCGCGGCCUGGUGUGCAUGGUGUGCGGGGGCGCGCUGGCCACGCUCAAGGUCAGCACCAUCAAGCGGCACAUCCUGCAGGUGCACCCCUUCUCCAUGGACUUCACGCCCGAGGAGCGCCAGACCAUCCUGGAAGCCUACGAGGAGGCGGCGCUGCGCUGCUAUGGCCACGAGGGCUUCGGGCCGCCGGCCCCGGCGCCGCGCGACGGCGGCGCGGACCUCAAAGCGGGCGCCGUCUGCCGGGCGUAGCGGGCUCGCGGGGCGGCCGGCCGGGCGGGGCGGGCGGGGCGGGCGGGGCGGCUCCGUCCUGUGCUCCGCCGGCCCGCGGGCCCGGACACCCUGCUUCCCGCGACCCUAGCAGCCGGCGCCUCUGCCCCCGCCCCGCUGGCCGGGCCGGGCGGAGAUAGGACUUGGGUGGGGUCGCGGGUUCCGCUCGCAGCCCCGGAGCCCCCCCACCCUGGGCCGGUCGGUGCGCCGAGGAAAGCGCGGGGCCCCACGUUUCCCGAGAGGCCAGCGCGGCCGCCAAGCGUGUGCACGGAGGGCCUGCAGCCCCAGCCCGCGCCAGGCCCGUGUGGGGGGAGGCUGCCGACUGUCAGUAUUAGGGCCCCGAGGGCGGGGUGGGGGUUGGUGGGGGGCAGGAGGGCCGCGCCGGCCGCGUCCGCUGGCCGGGGCCCAGCUCCCUGGAGCGUUGCACGCCGGCAGGCACGGCCCCCGGGUCGGGGGCGGCCGCUCCCCGGCCCUCAUUGGUAUUCGCAGCCGCUCGUAGGCCGGGACUGCGGACGAGGGCCUCCAGCGGAGGGCGGGGCGGCGGGGCUCGGGAGCCCGCUCGGGGCGGGGAGGACGCUUGGACCGCGGGCGGGCGGCCAGAGGCGGGGGCGGAGCUGGGCCGGGGCCCCGGCAGCUGCGCCAGCCUGGGGGGCGGGGGGGCUCUGGGGACAACGCGCCCCGCGGCCCCUUCCGGCUCCCCCGCUCCUGCCGCGCCCUCCUGGCCCCCGAUGUUGUAAAGGGAUUAGCACUUUUCUCCUUUGCUCCUCUCCUGCUCCGAAGACCUCCGUUUUCCCCUAAACCCAGUCAGGCGCUCCUGCUCUAGGGUCCCCGUUGGUCCGAGCCCGGGGCACUGGAGGUCCCGGUAGUUGGCGUUCUAUUCCCGUCCCUCCUUGUCCCCCUUCGUACACGGUGGACGUGCCACCCAUUCUCAGUCCCCAAGGGCCUGGGGCCGGGCCUCGGCCUUCCUUUCUCUUCCCCGCGGCAGCGCCAGGCCCGGUGGGGCCGGGAAGGGGCCCCGCGAUCUCCCAGGCAGGUCCGAGUGGGGCGUGUAGAUUCAUUCUCCUGUGGAGAACAGGUGGCCCCGAGAUCAGGCCCUUUUUGCUCUUUGUAUUUUAUUUUGAAACUGUAUUUAAUGCUUUUAUAUGAAAGGGAGAGGGGCGGGGAGAGAGCUGUCCCAGUCACCCUUACGUGCAAAUGUCUUAUUUAUUAUACGUGUAUCAGAGAUAAGCUGUGAGGUGGUGGAGAAAGGAGGAAGGAGUGAGGACAGAGGUGGGGAUGGGGGACCCCAAACAUCCCGCACUAAUGUGUGACUCUCCAGGCCUUUCUUGGAGUCUCUGGGCCUGUGUCUGCUCUUCACAUGGCCAGGCCGGUUCUUUUGGUCUUACAGCCUGAAAGUGGGGAGGUGGGACUUGCCGGGGAGGCCUGGAGGCAGAGGGGCCCCGGCACCCGGGGCCAGGGUCUCCCUCUGUGGGUGGGAACACAAGACAGCAAAGAGGAAGCCCUUCCUCAUCCCAGCACCCCCAGGCCAGAGCCCAAGGUUCAAGUGCCUCAGGCCCAGUCCCCUUGACUCGUCCUGAUUGGGAAUUGGAUUUUAUAUCAUGGAUUUUAUAGCAUUUUUAUAUAAUUCAAGAUUGUCAGAGUCCGAAUGACCUUGGAGAUCCACCAGUCCCCGCCCCCUCGACCCCUUCCGCAGACAGGUAGUGAAGUUCGGAAACUGAAACGAUCACACACAGCUAGGUAGGAACAGUAUAGAAAUAGAAUAAAAAGCUCAACUCCCAACUCAGUGUUGUUUGCACUACACCCCUCGGCCUUCCAAUCUCUGGUCAAUUAAGGUUUCUUUUCCCAUGGGGCCUCCUCCGGGGAUGGCGAAGACGUGCAUGGCUCCCUGGGACCGGUGUCGUCUAGGGCAGCUCUGGCCGCCUCCGACUUAAGCUCCAGGUUUCCGGCAGCCGCCUCCUCCCUCAGAAGUCCAGGAGCGCGGCUGACGCCCCGGUCCUGCGGCCUCCCCAGGAGGGCAAGGGCUCUGGCGUUGUGUUCUGUUCUAGGUGCCCCAGGGACUCAGGAAGUACUGCGCGAGCUGUCAGUUGGCUGAGAAGUGAAUUCCGUGUUUGAACCUCCAGGGGUUGUGAGUCAGUAUUAAGAGUUUGAGAGCAGGGAUUACGGAUGGCACCGGGCGGGGCACUGCCAUUCUUUUCUUUUUCUUCAUGCAUGUUGUUUUCAGAUCCAGAAUGAGUAUUUUACCACUUUUUGCGACUCUGCCUGUUCCAAAACAGGAGGCAGAUUGGGGUGACCUCUUCUGGUUACCCAAGCCCACCGCCAAAGUUCAGGUAAGCCAGGACAGAGAGCUGGUCAGGAAGGGCUUUUCCGCUUGACAGGCAGGGACGGAGGCCUUAAGACAGGAAUGAGGGUCUUCAUCGAGAGGCAGCCCCAGGCACCCCAGGGGCUUCUCCAAGUGUGGCCAUUGGACCCGUAGCAUCACAUUAUGAACCUACUAGAAACACAUAUCCUUGGGCCCCGUCUUGAAUCAGAAAUGGCGGCACCCAGCAGUCCUUUUGGGUAAGCCCUCCAGUGGUCACGAAGCUGAAGAUCUGAGCAGGUGUGGGUCCAGUGCCACUGUAGGGGUUCCUGCUUAGACCGCCCCUACCGCCUCUUGGGGUGGGGGUGGGGAUGUCAGGUCGUCCUCUCUCUGUGCCUCCUCCUUGCCUCGGGAGUCUGACAUGAACAGGUGAAGUUUCUUCAUGAAUUUUUUGUUAAUGGUAUGCUUGCUAUUAUGGCCAAUAUGUAAAUGUUACUCUGAAUCCAUAUUUAUACGCCACGUUAGUGACAUUACUCGAACAUUACUUGUAUGUGUAUUUGUGAAGUUGUUGGCUUCAGUUAUUUUUUAAAGAAAAAUUUCAGCCUAAGUUUUCUAAGAGGUAUGUUGAAUAAAUUUUUAAAAUCCAGCUUAAGGGUCAUGGCAGCCUUAGUUUUGGGGAAGACUAAAUCUGAAGGAAUAAGGUUCUGAUGUAUGUGGUCUCCACUUUCCGUGGUGACUGACUCUGACGUCUAGGCUGCUUCACGCUGCGGGCGGGCGACCCUCUGAGGUUGGUGUGAGGCUGAACUGGGACAGCAGUCCCGCCGGCCCCUUCCACUCCUCACCCUCUUUCUCCUAAGGUCACCUCUUAAGAGGGUCUCUGGGAUCUUUCAGAAACCAAACACAACAGCUUUGCUCUACUAUGGAAAUUUGGCAAUCUUGGGAAUCAUUACCAGCCUCAACUAUGAGCCAAUUUUUAAAGCCUCACAAGUGGAGUGGGGAUGGAGGCCGGCGGAAGCCUGGUUCUUACUUUACCCAAACUGUAUGUAUAAAGAAUAAAGGUAGCAGAACGACACCACAGUCACUGUGUUUUUUUUUAUUUUUUCUUUUUUAUUAAUACCACAUCAAUUUGCAGUUUACAGGAACCAAGAUUCAAGUUCCUUAGGUGCUACUGUAUUUUCAUGUUGCACGUACAUACACGCACAUUUUCAUUAGUAAUAGUUCAUCUAUAGGUUUUCCUUAAAAAAA